AUGCCGAAGGGGCCCAAGCAGCAGCCGCCGGAGCCCGAGUGGAUCGGGGACGGAGAGACCACGAGCCCCACAGACAAAGUGGUGAAGAAAGGGAAGAAGGACAAGAAGACCAAAAAGACGUUCUUCGAGGAGCUGGCAGUAGAAGACAAACAGGCUGGGGAAGAAGAGAAAGUGCUCAAGGAGAAGGAGCAGCAGCAGCAGCAGCAGCAACAGCAGCAAAAAAAGAAGCGAGACACCCGUAAAGGGAGGCGGAAAAAGGAUGUGGAUGAUGACGGAGAGGAGAAGGAGCUCAUGGAGCGUCUUAAGAAGCUCUCAGUGCCAGCCAGCGAUGAGGAGGACGAGGUACCUGCCCCAGUACCCAGAGGAGGGAAGAAAACCAAGGGUGGUAAUGUUUUUGCAGCCCUGAUUCAGGAUCAGAGUGAAGAUGAGGAGGAGGAGGAGGAGAAACAUCCUCCUAAGCCAGCCAAGCCAGAGAAGAAUCAGAUCAAUAAGGCUGUAUCUCAGGAACAACAGCCAGGGUUGAAGGGCAAAAAGACAAAGGAGGAGAAGUCAAAGGGGAAGGCCAAGCCUCAAAAUAAAUUUGCUGCUCUGGAGAGUGAGGAGGAGGAGGAGGAUGAAGAGGAAGCAACAAAAGAAAAGGAACCACCCAAACAAGGGAAGGAGAAGGCCAAGAAGGCAGAACAGGGCUCAGAGGAAGGAGAAGAGGAGGAGGAAGAAGGGGAGUCCAAGGCUGAUGACUCCUAUGCUCACCUUAGCAAGAAGGAGAAGAAGAAACUCAAGAAACAAAUGGAGUAUGAGCGCCAGGUGGCUUCGUUAAAAGCAGCCAAUGCUGCUGAAAAUGACUUCUCCGUGUCACAAGCAGAAGUGUCUUCCCGCCAGGCCAUGCUAGAAAAUGCCUCUGACAUCAAGCUGGAGAAAUUCAGCAUCUCGGCCCACGGCAAGGAGUUGUUCGUCAACGCAGACCUGUACAUCGUCGCUGGCCGCCGCUACGGGCUGGUGGGACCCAAUGGCAAGGGCAAGACCACUCUGCUCAAGCACAUCGCCAACCGAGCCCUGAGCAUCCCCCCCAACAUCGACGUGCUGCUGUGCGAGCAGGAGGUGGUGGCUGAUGAGACGCCAGCCGUGCAGGCUGUCCUUCGCGCGGACACCAAGCGUUUGAAGCUGCUGGAGGAGGAGCGGCGGCUUCAGGCGCAGCUGGAGCAGGGCGACGACGCGGCUGCCGAGAGGCUCGAGAAGGUGUAUGAGGAAUUGCGGGCCACCGGGGCGGCCGCUGCAGAGGCCAAAGCCCGCCGGAUCCUGGCCGGUCUGGGCUUUGACCCUGAGAUGCAGAAUCGACCCACACAGAAGUUCUCGGGGGGCUGGCGCAUGCGUGUCUCCUUGGCCAGGGCGCUGUUCAUGGAGCCCACGCUGCUGAUGUUGGACGAGCCCACCAACCACUUGGACCUCAACGCUGUCAUCUGGCUCAACAACUACCUCCAGGGCUGGCGGAAGACGCUGCUCAUCGUCUCCCACGACCAGGGCUUCCUGGAUGACGUUUGUACUGACAUCAUCCAUCUCGAUGCCCAGCGGCUUCACUACUACAGGGGCAAUUACAUGACCUUCAAGAAGAUGUACCAGCAAAAGCAGAAGGAACUGCUGAAGCAAUAUGAGAAGCAGGAGAAAAAGCUGAAGGAGCUAAAGGCGGGCGGCAAGUCCACCAAGCAGGCGGAGAAGCAAACCAAGGAAGCCUUGACUCGAAAGCAGCAGAAGUGCCGGCGGAAAAACCAGGACGAGGAGUCGCAGGAGGCCCCCGAGCUGCUGAAGCGCCCCAGAGAGUACACCGUGCGCUUCACGUUCCCUGACCCGCCACCGCUCAGCCCUCCAGUGCUGGGCCUGCAUGGUGUGACCUUUGGCUAUGAGGGGCAGAAACCACUUUUUAAGAAUCUGGAUUUUGGCAUCGACAUGGACUCAAGGAUCUGCAUCGUGGGCCCUAACGGCGUGGGGAAGAGCACCCUGCUGCUGCUGCUGACGGGCAAGCUGACACCGACUCGGGGUGAAAUGAGGAAGAACCACCGGCUGAAAAUUGGCUUCUUCAACCAGCAGUAUGCAGAGCAGCUGCGCAUGGAGGAGACACCCACCGAGUACCUGCAGCGGGGCUUCAACCUGCCCUACCAGGACGCGCGCAAGUGCCUGGGCCGCUUCGGCCUAGAGAGCCACGCGCACACCAUCCAGAUCUGCAAGCUCUCUGGUGGGCAGAAAGCCCGAGUUGUGUUUGCAGAGCUGGCCUGUCAGGAGCCCGACGUCCUCAUCUUGGACGAACCCACCAAUAACUUGGACAUCGAGUCUAUCGACGCUCUAGGAGAGGCCAUCAAUGAAUACAAGGGUGCUGUGAUCGUCGUCAGCCACGAUGCCCGACUCAUCACAGAAACCAACUGCCAGCUAUGGGUGGUGGAGGAGCAGAGUGUUAGCCAGAUUGAUGGUGACUUCGAAGACUACAAGCGGGAGGUGUUGGAGGCCCUGGGAGAAGUCAUGGUCAGCCGGCCCCGAGAGUGA